GCGGCAGAGGCUGCGUCAGAGCCGUCCCCGGGUAUAAAGCGGGGCGAGCCGAGAGCCGCAGCGGCACACGGUCUCCUGCUCCUCCUCCCGCUCCCGCUCCCGGUCCCGGUCCCGGUCCCGGUCCCGGACCCGGUCGGCGGCCGUCGCUCCCCUCCGCCGCCGCCAUGAGUUCCUUCGGCUACGACCCGUACUACCCGACGUCGUCCAAGCGGCGCUACGCGGAGAGCCCGCGGCUGCACAUGGCCUCGGUGCGCAGCGCCUACAGCUGCUACAGCGCCUCGCGCUCCGGCUACUCGCCCGCCUACGCGGCGGCGGCGGUGGGCCCCCCGGGCUCGCUGUCGGCGCGGCGCGUCUACUCGUCGAGCUCGGGCUCGCUGGGGGCCGCGGCCGGCGCCGGCCUGGACGGGCUGGACCUCAGCCAGGUGGCGGCCAUCAGCAGCGACCUCAAGUCGCUCCGCACGCAGGAGAAGGCGCAGCUGCAGGACCUGAACGACCGCUUCGCCAGCUUCAUCGAGCGGGUGCACGAGCUGGAGCAGCAGAACAAGGUGCUGGAGGCCGAGCUGCUGGUGCUGCGCCAGAAGCACGCCGAGCCCUCGCGCUUCCGCGCGCUGUACGAGCAGGAGAUCCGCGACCUGCGGCUGGCGGCCGAGGACGCGAGCAGCGAGAAGCAGGCGCUGCAGGGCGAGCGCGAGGGGCUGGAGGAGACGCUGCGGGCGCUGCAGGCGCGCUACGAGGAGGAGGUGCUGAGCCGCGAGGACGCCGAGGCCCGCCUGCUGGAAGCGCGCAAGGGCGCCGACGAGGCGGCCCUGGCCCGGGCCGAGCUGGAGAAGCGCAUCGACAGCCUGGUGGACGAGAUGGCCUUCCUGAAGAAGGUGCACGAGGAGGAGAUCUCCGAGCUGCAGGCCCAGAUCCAGUACGCGCAGCUGUCCGUGGAGAUGGACGUGCAGGCCAAGCCCGACCUGUCGGCCGCGCUCAAGGACAUCCGCGCGCAGUACGAGAAGCUGGCCGCCCGCAACAUGCAGAACGCCGAGGACUGGUUCCGCAGCCGCUUCACCGUGCUCACCGAGAGCGCCGCCAAGAACACCGACGCCGUCCGGGCGGCCAAGGACGAGGUGUCCGAGAGCCGCCGCCUGCUCAAGGCCAAGACGCUGGAGAUCGAGGCCUGCCGGGGCAUGAACGAGGCGCUGGAGAAACAGCUGCAGGAGCUGGAGGAUAAGCAGAACGCCGACAUCUCGGCCCUGCAGGAUACCAUUAAUAGACUGGAAAAUGAAUUGAGGACCACGAAAAGUGAGAUGGCUCGUUAUUUGAAAGAAUAUCAAGAUCUGCUCAACGUGAAAAUGGCUCUGGAUAUAGAAAUCGCAGCUUACAGGAAACUGCUGGAAGGGGAGGAGACCCGACUAAGUUUCACCAGCGUCGGUAGCUUGAGCAGCAGCUACUCCCAGAGCUCCCAAGUCUUUGGCCGCUCUCUGUACGGCGGCUUACAGAGCAGCUCCUAUCUGAUGUCCACUCGCUCCUUCCCGGCUUACUACACGAGUCACGUUCAGGAAGAACAGGUUGAAGUGGAGGAGACAAUUGAAGCGACCAAAGCCGAAGAAGCCAAAGAUGAGCCGCCCUCAGAAGGAGAGGCUGAAGAGGAGGAAGAGAAGGAGGAGGCUGCGGAAGAGGAAGGAGCUGAAGAGGAAGAAGAAGGUGCUAAGGAGGAAUCAGAAGAUACCAAGGAGGUUGAAGAAGAAGGAGGUGAAGGUGAGGAAAAGGAGGCUGAAGAAGCUGAAGAGGGAGAGAAAAAAGAAGAAGCUCCUGAAGAACAACGUGUUGAGAAGAAGAAAGAUUGAGUUCUCUUUUCUUAACUACUUCAGGUUUCCAAAUCAGAUCAGCCAAACCCCAGCAAAUCAAUUGAACUCCAUUUGCUAUUAAAAAUAAGACGCCACCUAUUGAAAAUUGGAGAUGAUUUAGGUUGAAAGUGUACUAUUGUGUUAUGAGUUUUCCUCUUUAUGCAAAGUAACUGUUUGCUUGCAGAGUGGCCUCCUUGGCUUGCUGCCAGAUAGUGCAUGGUUUUAUGCUUACAAGUUCAGGAUUUUUGGAUGAGCCAAAUGUUUGAUUUUUUUUAUGAAUAAAUGAACUGAUUGAAACACUAUGAAAAAUAAUCCUGGAAACCUGGAGUCAUUAGAAAAUGAUGAACCUAAGUUAUGUGCAAUAACUAGCAAAUAAAGUUAUACUAAGCAUACACAAUUUCUUGUUUGUGGUUGUCAUGUGUUCACACAACAACCUUGAGAGGAGCAAGAGUGACCAGCAGUUUUACCAGUGUCUAGGCAAAGAACUGAUCUCAUAAUCCAUGUUAAGGGGAAAAAAAACAAAAACAGCACUGUAAUUGCAAAUUCAUACUACAAAUUUCAUAAAACCAGAUCAUUGGUCACAAAUUCUCCAUUUGCUCCCCUCUGGAAGGUUACAAAACAAAACAGGAAGCAGGUUGCAUCCCUGUUUCUAUAUGUAGGAGGGGCACUUUGCCCAGGGAAACGUUACCCACUGCCACUCAGGGAAUUGUUCUGAUGAAGGGAAUGUGUGCGGGUGCGCAUGUGUGCAUGUGCGCGCGCGCACACACACACACACACACACACACACACACAUAUUAUCAUCGAGUGCCACUCUAUUGAACCAGCCUGCUGAACCCAAACGGGCUUUGUGGGAAUAGGUCCAGUAGAAGUCAAGUGAAUGCCCUAAAGUUACAACUGUUUUUCUUUUCAAAUUGACAUGUGUGUAAACCCCAGAGUAAGCAGCUGGAAUCUCAACCUUUUCCAGAAUGGAAAUCAAUCAUUUCUUCCAGUGAGGAAACAAGAUAACUAAGAGUUGGGGGGGGGGGGGGGAGAGAGAAAUUAAGUGGAGAAGAAAACCAAUUAGUCUUGUCUCUAAAGGUCUUGUCUAUGACCCUAGCUCUCAGUGUUUAUGCUGUGUCUUCAGCUCAGCUACUCACCACUGUUGCCUAAGCAAGCAAUGCUGCCUAAGCUCUGAUUUCAUUGGAAAACAUGCUUUGAUAAAAGUGACAAAAUUAGUCUCCUGCAGAGGAAUGAAAUGUGAUGUGUUCUAUAGAUAUUUGUGUGCAUGCAUUUACUGGAAAAUGUUUAGGUCUCAGAUGAUGUUCAGAAGGCCAGCUGCGAAUAUGAGCGGUCUUCUGUUGCCAGGGUUAUGGUACUGCACCAAAUGUGCUAGUGAGAUCCAUUGCCCAAAGUGAGCCACAGCUGAGGUGGCUGAUUCCUGAACUGUUCCUCCCUAGAAAGUUGCUUUAUCUGUCAACUCUACUAUUUGCUUCUUAGAAAAUUUGCUGCACAUCUUAAAAAUGGUUGCUAAUCACACCUGGAGUUAAACUGUUUUCAUUUAAAUGUUACGUGUAUUUGUACACUCUGUUCCGAGUUUAAAUAGCAAUUUAGUAAACCCUUUUUAUUUACCUAUAAUAUUUCUCUGAAGUGUGAAGACCAAGACCUGGAUCUUGGCAGAACGGGAGCAUUUCAUGGAAAUGUGAUUUGUCGAGCUUUGUUAAUCUCCUAAAAAUGGAAACAUGACAAUAGUUGGAGACAUCUAGUCAGUUUCAGAAUAUUACAAAGUCUGAAAGCACUGACAUUGUAUCAUACCCUGUCACAUCGAACAUAAUAAAGUAUAGCUGCAGGAUGAA